CAUGACGGGUAAUAUCUGCUGUGGGUCAGGUGAGCUGCCUGAGCUGAGAUAAUAGGAGAUCCUGUGAUGCAGCUGCCGUACUAGGACUAUUCAGACAUAGGACACCACAUGCAUGAACUUUGUACCAUCAGAUUUACCGGACGCACAUGACUACAACUGACUGUAAACCAAAUGAUGGAUGAAUUUGGACAGAAAAGCAGAGCAGAAGGGAAUGAAAUCAACAACUCAGUGGGAUCUCUAAAGAACUCAUGGCAAAUCUGGGCAAAGCAGCAUGCGGAUUAUCAGAAACAGAACCCAUUCAGCAACGUCAUACAGCCUGGCACUGCCGAUCUUGACACUAAGGAUCCAGAGUAUGGCAAACCCAAAGCUGGCACACUUACAGAGAAGAGAGGAAAAGAUGCUCAUAGGCACCUUGGCAAGGAAGUAGAGGAACUGUGUCGGGUGAUAAGAAAUAUUGGGGUAACCGCUGAAGAUGGACCGACUAGAGUCACCUUUGGAAAGCUGUUUGAUACUUAUGUGACUAUCUCGAAUAAACUUGUAGGGGUUUUAUUGAGAGCCAGAAAACAUGGGCUGCUGCACUUUGAAGGAGAGAUGCUAUGGCAAGGAAGAGAUGACCACGUUGUUAUUACACUGCUAGAAUAAAAUAGGAGUGAUUAUAUUAGAAACUUUAUUGUAACAAUAACUGAAUAACUGAAGGCAAGUCAUUGUAAAGAAUCGCUCCUAGGAUCAACCCCUUUAUAAUUUACACUGGGUAAAUGGGGUAGUACCAUUAAAAAGCUUUAAAAAAAGCUUUCAGAGAAUUCCAUAAAAAUGCAUAGAGAAACUGACAUCCAGGCCACACAUAAGAGCUUGUAAGAUUCAAAGCGCAGAUCAUGUUGUGAAAGUAUGUGAAUAAAGUGCUCGGUAAGUUUUUUAUCGGCACUACUAUUUACUUAAUGUGAAUUACUAAUAGAGGGAAAAAAUUAUUCUGAGUGAGAUUCUUUAAAGGGGUAUUCCCAUCUAAGACAAUGGGGGCAUAUCGCUAGGAUGUGCCCACAUUGA